AUUUAAUGCCAAUAAUUGAUUUUGAGGAAAUCAGUAUCACAACACAGUGACAGGGACCUGAGAUUACCAAUCCUGCGGCCGGCGGCCUUGUUUACAAAUGGCAGGUUUUAGCCAAUUGGAUUGUUCAUUGUUUCUGUUGCAGAGCAAUGAUAAAGCCAAAAGAGUACAAAAUCCUCAUGGUGGAAUCAGUCCAUUGUGGUAGUAAUUAUAUUCCACACAGAAUUCCCAGCUUUGUGAUCUCCUCCUCCUACAAUCCCAACAAUUGACUACAUAUUUCAUCUCAAAAUCUAUAUUACUCCGUCUUCUAUAUUCAAAGCGACUACUGAUCACCUGUUUGCAUCAACAGCUAAACCAAAAUGAACCCAAUUCUGCUAUGCUUAUUCCUCUGCAUUUCUUUCUCUCCCUUCUUCCGUGCUGCGUAUUCUGUGGAGGAGGAGGAGGAGGUUAGGAGAUCCCUUGUCAGCUUUCUUUCAAAACUCACUGAUAAUAGCUCUCAGCCGCAGAUCGAUCGGAGUUUCAAUUGGAAUUUAACAUCUGAUCCCUGCAAAGACAACUGGAAAGGUGUUGUCUGCGACCGGACUAAUACUUCUGUGAGGCGAUUAUUGCUCAGCAACCACAACUUUGCAGGAACAUUUGAUGCUGCUGUUAUUUGCAAUGUGCAGAACUUGACUUCUUCUCUUUUGCAUAUCGGUCUUGAUGGUAAUGACAUUGGUGGACAGAUACCAGCAGAGAUUGCAAACUGCAAGCAACUCAUUCACUUGCACUUAAGCGGGAACCGAUUUUCGGGAUCCCUGCCUGAUUCACUUCCAAUGCUGAGUAAUCUGAAAAGGCUUGACAUUUCAUUCAAUGAUCUUUCUGGUAACCUGCCUGAUAUAUCGCGCAUUUCUGGUCUGACAAUGUUCCUUGCUCAGUAUAAUCAGUUGACAGGAGAGAUCCCGGAUUUCGACUUCUCCAACUUUGAUCAGUUCAACAUCUCUUUUAACAAUUUCACUGGUUCUGUUCCAGCUGAUCAUGGCUGGUUAACUGAAACCAGCUUGAUGGGUAAUCCUCAAUUAUGUGGAGCUCCUUUGCCAAAAAAUUGCGCAUCUUCUUCCGGGGACAAGAAAAGCUCGGAAGACCAGAUUCUUAUGUACUCCGGAUAUGUUCUUGUGGGCACGGUCUUUGUUGCCUGUGUCGUAUUCAGGAUAUGCAGAAAGAAAAAGAAAGAAGAGAAGGUUGAUCUGAAAAAUAAGGUAGGUUCAUUUGAUGAAAGUAUGACCAAUCCUAGCGUUGUAUCCACUGAAUACAAAACAGGUGCAAGCAAAUCAAAAAUCUCAGUUCAUUCAGCUGAAAAUAGCACAUUAGUUUCGUCAUCGCUGAUAGUUCUUACUAGUCCGGAAGUGAAUGGAUUGAAAUUCAAGGACUUGCUUGGGGCUCCUGCAGAAUUGAUGGGAAGAGGAAAGCAUGGCAGCCUGUACAAGGUUAACCUUGAGAAUGGCAAGAACCUUGCUGUUAAAAGGAUUAAAGAUUGGACGAUUUCGAGCAACGACUUCAAGGAGAGGAUGCAGAGACUUGACCAAGUGAAGCAUCCAAAUGUACUGUCAGCUCUUGCUUUUUACUCUUCAACAAAUGAAAAGCUGCUGGUUUAUGAGUAUCAGAAAUAUGGCAGUCUCUUCAUGCUUCUACAUGGAACUAAAACAGGCAGAGGAUUUGACUGGCCUAGCAGACUUGGCUUUGCAGCUUCUAUUGCAGAGGCAUUAGCUUUCAUGCAUCAGGAGCAUCGAGAUUACGGAAUAGCUCAUGGGAAUUUGAAAUCCUCAAACAUCUUGCUGAACGAUAAAAUGGAGCCUUGCAUUAGUGAGUAUGGUCUGAUGCCAAUGCAUAGUAAAGAAUCCUCUUCAAAAACCACUCAUUUCAAAGCAGAUGUCCAUGGCUUGGGAGUGAUUCUUCUAGAGUUAUUGACUGGAAGGCUAGUGCAGAACAAUGGAGUGGACUUGACUACAUGGGUUAACUCAGUCGUCCGAGAAGAAUGGACUGCCGAAGUAUUCGAGAAAUCCCUCGUAUCAGAAGGUGCGAACGAAGAAAGGAUGGUUAACCUGCUCCAGGUGGCUGUAAAAUGUGUCAACCCUUCCCCUGAAGCCAGGCCUAAUGCAAGCCAAGUUGCUACCAUGAUCAACACAAUUAAAGAAGAAGAAGAGGAAGAAGAGAGAUCACAAGUCUAUGAAGACAGAUCCAUAGUUUUUGAACCAUAAUUUCGCAACCCAAAAAAGUACCUGGGAUAGGACAUUUUUCAUUUUUUCAUUAGCCGCUGAUUAUGGAGCAGUACUGCACUACUGUUAGUCAAGAUAAACCCAGCAUUUCCUUCUGUCAAACAAUGUACUAUUUGUAAUAUUUCAAUCAAUAAGUGCUAAGAAUGUUCAUGAAA